GGGACAUGCUGGAAUAAUAAGAGAUGCAUUACCUCCAUAAUAUUUGUCGCAUGCAUCAGAGUUGGUCAAUGAUUCAAUUUUCUGUGGCUCUUAAUCGUUUUGAGUACACAGUAAGAUGAGUUUCUGGCUUUCUGCACAUUUACUCUGCAGUCAAAUUACAGUGUGGCCCUGUGUCUCAGAUCCAAAACCUGCCCACAGACCUUCUUUCCACUUGUCCUAAUUUCAUAAACGUCUCGAAGGGUUGGACAAUUCAUGCAAGUUGGUGUUUCAUUAUUCUCAACAACCAAAAAGAAAAAGAAAAAGUUGAGGAUCCUGAGGAAUAGAGUUGAUCAGUGAGUUGUUGUUGUGCUUUGGAAUUUAGAGAUCUAUGGAGAGGUAUGAGAUUGUGAAAGAUAUUGGGUCUGGGACUUCUGGGGUAGCAAGGUUGGUAAGAGAUAAAUGUACCGGAGAACACUUUGCCGUUAAGUUCAUCGAGAGAGGCAACAAGAUCAAUGAAAAUGUACAAGAAGAAAUCAUGAACCACAGAUCCUUGAAGCAUCCCAGUAUUGUUCAAUUCAAAGAGGUCCUCCUGACACCAACUCAUCUAUGCAUUGUGAUGGAGUAUGCUGCUGGAGGAGAACUCUAUGAGAGAAUAUGCAAAGCCGGUAGAUUUAGUGAGACUGAGGCAAGGUUUUUCUUCCAGCAAUUGAUAUCAGGAGUUGAUUACUGCCAUACAAUGAAAGUAUGUCAUAGAGACCUUAAGCUUGAAAAUGCACUCUUAGAUGACAGCACAGCACCUCGGGUGAAAAUAUGCGAUUUUGGAUCCUCAGAGUCACUACUACUACAUUCUUGGCAAAAAUCUACUGCGGGAACACCGGCUUAUAUUGCACCUGAGGUCCUAUCUGAAAAACAAUAUGAUGGAGCGAUUGCAGAUGUUUGGUCUUGUGGAGUCUCCCUAUAUGUCAUGAUUGUUGGAGCAUAUCCCUUUGAAGAUCCUAAGGACCCUAUGAACUUUAGAAAAACAAUUCUGCGGACCCUUACUGUAUGCUACUCAAUCCCUGGUAAUGUACGAGUUUCUGUGGAAUGUAGAGACUUGCUCGCUAAGAUAUUUGUGGCAAACCCAGAAAAGAGAAUUACAAUUUCAGAAAUUAAGAACCACGGUUGGUUCUUGAAGAAUUUACCUAUGGAAAUGUGGGGAGGAGGAAGUUGGGAAAGCAAUGAUGUAAACCAUCCAUCCCAAAGAAUUGAAGAAGUCCAGUCCAUAAUACAAGAGGCAAGAAAACCUUUAAAGGUCCCAACUGUCAGUAGGCAUAUCAUUGGAAGCAGCAUGGCCAUUGAUGAUGCUGAAUUAAACAAGUGGUGAUUUUUUAUGCUCAAAUGUGAGCAGUUAAAGUGUACAUAUGACACAAACCAUACUUAUCCCUGUGAAAUUGGUCUUAUGCAUGGCUUGCUAGCUCUCACCGGCCAUUUUGUUUUGCUGUAUUGAUAAUGUUUUGUUAUUGUAAAAGUCAGGUUUUAUCUUUGGGCAAACUA